AAAGGCCAUGCAGUUAAAUAUUAAGAUCACCUGUGGUCAAUUUAGCACAAAUUUUCUCCACAUUCAGUUUCUUUAUUUAUUUUAAAUAAUUUAAACUAUACAUAGCACCCAGGAGUAUUAUGGGAAUAUUACACUGGUUUUACAAAAACAAUAAAUCCACAUUACUAUAAACACAUUAUAGCCUUAAAUACUAUAAUCGUUUCUUCUUCAGGCACAAGAAGGAGAUAUAUUCAGGCACAACAAUAGACAUUUUUGUCUGCAUGGGAGUUUUGGGGAAAUUUUGAGGAUUUCGCGUUCAAAGUAGCAUAAUCUCUGAAAACAGUCAUUAUUUCUCCCUGCCUACAAACACGUUAAACAUUAGCUUUUGGGCAGCAGUGGUCUCAUGACCGGACUAUGAAGGCGUGUACUCCCUCAGCUUAUUAUAUAAAGCGACCUUCAACAGGAGCAUUCAAACAACAGUACAGUCUGCUGCGUUACCUUACAUCCUCUGAGUUAACAUUAAACUUCACCAGGCUGGUUCCUACCUGUGACGUGGACCCAAGCAUUGAACGCUUCACCUCGGUCUCACCUUGUGUAUCAUCAGAGGCUCUACAUCAUAAUGGAUUUCUCUUCUGUUUUUAUAUGCUGUCAUUUUAUGAUGAAGACUACAAACAAAUACUGCUUAUCAAGCUCCCAAUGCAGUAUUCGUUUCUCCCAAUAGCACAUUAGCUAUUUAGUUCUUUAGCCUUUUUAAAAAAUAUAUUUAUAAAACACACAUUACCUCAAAUCUUACUGUAAAAACAAUCAAUUGGCUUUAUUUGUAUCUUAAUUAUCUUAAGAAAUAGUUAUAAUGGAUUCGACAACACUAGCGACUCUGGCUGCUGGCACCACAGUGGCUCUGUACUCUCAGACUGACAUGUCAGGAUACUUGUGGCUGCUGGUGAUCGGCUUCAUCAUCGCCUUCAUCCUGGCCUUCUCGGUGGGGGCCAACGAUGUGGCCAACUCCUUUGGUACUGCAGUGGGGUCUGGGGUGGUCACCCUGCGACAGGCCUGCAUCCUGGCCACCAUCUUUGAGACGGUGGGCUCAGUGCUGCUGGGGGCAAAGGUCAGCGAGACCAUCCGACAGGGGAUCAUCGACGUCCAGAUGUACAACGGCUCUGAACAUGUCCUGAUGGCUGGGUCCAUAAGUGCAAUGUUUGGCUCUGCUGUGUGGCAGCUGGUUGCAUCAUUCCUGAAGCUCCCCAUUUCUGGAACUCACUGUAUUGUUGGAGCCACAAUCGGCUUCUCCAUGGUAGCCAGGGGUUACCAAGGGGUCAAAUGGAUAGAGAUACUACGCAUUGUGGCCUCCUGGUUCCUGUCACCCUUGCUGUCAGGGAUCAUGUCAGGAAUCCUCUUCUAUGUUGUUCGAAAAUUCAUCCUGAGCAAGGCUGACCCUGUGCCAAAUGGCCUCAGAGCUCUACCCGUCUUUUACGGCAUCACAAUGGGCAUCAACCUCUUCUCCAUCAUGUUCACAGGAGCACCAUUGCUGGGCUUUGACAGAGUGCCGUGGUGGGGGACUCUGUGCAUUGCGCUAGGAUGUGCACUCCUCACAGGCCUCGUUGUUUGGUUCAUUGUCUGUCCACGGCUCAAGAAGAAAAUCAAACGAGAACUUGCUCCCGCUCCCUGUGAGACUCCCCUAAUGGAGAAGACCACCAGCAAGCCUGCGCCUGUAGAGCAGCCGCCAGUACCGCAAGACCCUCAACCUCAGAGUCCCCCUGUGGACAAUCAGAAGGUGGCCUUCAAACUUGGAGGCUCCGAGGAAACUGAUUUGGACAACAACGACAUGGACACCAAAGAUUUGGAUAUGAGCAAUGGGCUGAAUGGCACUGUAGGCCCCAUGAUGAUCACUGAUCCUCACAGUGGGCGCUCCCACACCAUCCACAAAGACUCCGGCCUCUACAAAGACCUGCUGCACAAGCUCCACAUGGCUAAGGUCGGAGACUGCAUUGGUGACACUGACACAGAGGAGCGACCCAUCAGGAGGAACAACAGCUACACCUCUUACACCAUGGCAAUCUAUGGCAUUCAAGGGGAUCCUAAAUACAAGGAUGUUGAGGGUGUUGCGCUGCAGAGGAGACCGAGAGUGGACAGCUACAGCAGCUACAGCUCUGCGGUGACCAGUGGGAGUACGGUCCAGGAUGGAAGUGUGACACAGGAAGCUGGCAAGGAGCUGGCUCUGGAGGAGGAUGAGCUGGAGGUGGAUCAGCCGGCUGUGUCUUUGCUCUUUCAGUUCCUGCAGAUCCUCACGGCGUGUUUUGGCUCUUUUGCUCACGGAGGGAAUGAUGUCAGCAAUGCGAUUGGUCCAUUGGUGGCUCUGUGGCUUCUAUAUGAGAGCGGCUCUGUGGUAUCCAAUACACCAACCCCCAUUUGGUUGCUUCUUUAUGGUGGAGUGGGAAUCUGUGCUGGACUCUGGGUGUGGGGACGAAGAGUGAUCCAGACCAUGGGCAAAGACCUCACACCCAUUACACCGUCCAGUGGAUUCAGCAUUGAACUAGCCUCAGCGAUCACAGUUGUUGUGGCGUCCAACAUUGGUCUUCCUGUGAGCACAACCCACUGCAAGGUGGGGUCAGUAGUUGCUGUCGGGUGGCUCCGCUCAAGGAAAUCAGUCGACUGGCGUCUCUUCAGGAACAUCUUCAUCGCCUGGUUUGUUACAGUUCCCAUCUCCGGGCUGAUCAGUGCCGCCAUUAUGGCUCUCUUCAUUUACGUUGUUCUGUGAGCCUCUUAACGGUGCAGCUACACUGUGACUUGGUCUCAUGUACUGCUACACACACAGUUUCUAAUAGCUGACAGAAAUCUGUUACUGGUUCAAUUUGGUCUUUGUUAAUGAUAUUUUCAAUAUCACUCGAUGUCAGCUCAAGCCAUAGAUGUUACCUGACAAGAACAUGUUACUGCAUGAUGGGAUUCAAAUAUCCACAGUCUGUGAUCCUGUAUAUCUCCAUGUACAUUUGUAUAAAGUUAUGUUUUAUGGAAAAUCAGAACAUCACAUUUUUGAUAAAGAAUAUCAGUUUAAUGUUUGAAUAUUUUGAUGUAAAAAAAAACAAGGAGUUUCUUGAUAUACCAUGAAUAAAUGUAUUUUACUCUAUUAAAGAUUUUUCACUGAAUCUU